UAUUAUCUGAAACUGUUUAGGCAAAUGUGUUGAUUUCUGCGCUACAAACUGCAAAAACAAUAUACUAUGAAGACUAGGACAUAGUAUACUGGCACACUGUAUUUUAUUCAGUAUGGAAUUUGCACACGGCACCUAUUUUAGGUACCAAUUCCACUUUUUUAUCAGAAGUGCAAAAUGUGGACGGUCCCUGCCGCCAAGUGACAGCUGAGCUGGACGCAGAAAUAAAGUUUGUUAACAGUAAGCAUCCUACAGAGCGCCGUGUGCAGGUGGAAAACAAUAGCUGGACUCAGUCUUUCAAGUUAGAAGCUGACAGCGGUUCAUGACAGGAGCUGCAGCAGUUAAAACCGUGAAAUAGGUCUGUGUGUCAGCGCAGCUCCGUCCGUGUGUUUCCGGGUGGCACGAGUCUUCUCCGGUAACGUUACAUCCCCGCCAGCAUCAGUUGGCUCAGCCUCCCGCCUCCAUCCAGCCACAACACAGCCAACGGAGGCCGAGACACAAACAAAACCAAGCCGUUAUUGACUGAGACAGAUCUAUAAUUGAUGUCUUAUAGCUGAAAGCCAACGCGGGGGGCAGCAGGGCGGGCAGCGGGCAGGAGUUAUGGCGGCGUCGCUUCUCUCCGAGACCGACAUCAGGCACCGGUCCAUGGCGGAGGAGGAUCCGAACGGGAAUGAGCACGGGGCGGCUGCUCGCAGCGCGGCACCUCGCUGGGGACCGCAGCACGCCGGGGCCCGGCAGCUGGCGAGGCUCUACUCUCCCGGUAAACGGCUCCAGGAGUGGGUGUGCGUGAUUCUGUGCCUCUUCCUUUUCAUCAUCAACUUCUCCUUCCUCCUCCUGCACUUCUACACCGUUCACAUAUACAAGAUCAUCCUUGGCAUUGUCCUAGGAAUAGUGACAGCAGACUUUGCAUCGGGAAUGGUACAUUGGGGGGCGGAUACCUGGGGAUCUGUGGACAUCCCUGUUAUUGGCAAGGCAUUUAUUCGUCCGUUCAGAGAGCACCACAUUGAUCCAACCGCCAUCACCCGCCACGACUUCAUUGAAACCAAUGGUGACAACUGUAUGAUCCCCAUCCUACCACUGGCUCACAUGGCCUACAAGUUCCUCACAUACACACCAGAGGCCUUGGCGGCAUCCUACCCUUGGGACUGCUAUGUCUUUGCCCUGGCGGUUUUUGUGACGUUGACCAAUCAGAUUCACAAAUGGAGCCACUCCUACUUCGGCCUCCCACGCUGGGUCAUGCUGCUCCAGGACUGGCAUUUGGUGUUGCCACGGAAACACCACCGCAUCCACCAUGUCUCGCCACACGAGACAUACUACUGCAUUACCACAGGCUGGUGUAACUACCCACUGGACCAGCUUGGCUUUUGGAGACGGAUGGAGCAAUUGAUCGAACGGCUGACGGGGCAAAAACCACGAUCAGACGACCUGGCAUGGGCCAAGAAGACUGACUGAUAACCACACAAAACACACACACACACACACAGAAUGAUGGAUGGAUGGACAGAUGGGCUUGAAGAUGCAAGUACAUACA